GGUCAUCUUAAAUUUUGUGGAGAUUUCCAACUCGGCCAUGCUGAAACCACAGCAGCUCAGCUCCGCAGGGCGAAAAACCUCCAAUGGGACACCUGGGUCUGCAAAUGUGUCUUCCACGAUCAGCACCAGCAGUAGGACAACGGUUGGGAGGAGUCGGUCUGUGAAGCUUCCUUUUCAUGCAUCUCCUGUAUUUGAAGGAGUCUAUAAUAAUGCCCGGAUGCUCCACUUCCUCACAGCAGUUGUGGGUUCUACUUGUGAUAUCAGAGUGAAGAAUGGUAGUGCAUAUGAGGGCAUCUUUAAGACACUCAGUUCACGGUGUGAGUUGGCGGUGGAUGCAGUACACAGGCGUAGUGACGAAGAGGGGUCUUCAGCACCUCCCAGGAGAGAAGAAAUCACAGAAACUAUGAUAUUCAGCCCCACUGACCUCGUCACUAUGACUUGCAGAGAUGUAGACCUCAACUAUGCCACCAGAGAUUCUUUCACGGACACAGCAAUCAGUUCAGCUCGAACGAAUGGAGAACACAAAGAGAAGGUUCUGCAGAGGUGGGAUGGAGGAGACAGCAACGGAGAGAGCUAUGACCUGGAGACAGACACGUCAAACGGCUGGGAUCCGAAUGAGAUGUUCCGCUUUAAUGAAGAGACUUACGGCGUCAAGUCCACCUACGACUCCAGCCUGUCUAUGUAUACGGUUCCUCUUGAGCGCGAUGGCUCAGAGGGAUACAGACAGCGUGAGGCACGAGCCACUCGUCUGGCCAGUGAGAUUGAGUCCAGUCCACAGUACCGCCACAGGGUGGCGCUGGAGAACGAUGAGGGGAAAAGUGAAGAGGAGAAAUACAGCGCGGUGGCACGGGACAGAGAAGGAGGAGAGAGGGAGAGGGGGAGAGAAAGCCCUCGAGAGAGGGAGAAAGAACGGGGAAGAGACAGCCCCAGUAGUGGAAACAGGGAGGGUAAAUACAUUCCACUGCCUCAGAGAGCUAGAGAAAUGGGCAUGUCUGGUAGCAGCACAAGAGACCGAGGAGAAAGAGAGAGAGGGAAUCGCAUCGGGGGAAAUUACAUCCCAAAUCGCUCCACUCCGCCUAGCUCUUCUCCCCGCCCUCCGUUACCUCCAGCUGGGUCUCAGGCAUCACCUUUGUCUGAGAGCAGUAGCCCUCAGUCCAGCAGGGGGCGCUAUUCGCCGAACACUCCCUCCUCAAGAUCCGGCGAACCUCUUCCCGCUGGGUCUCCCAGCAGUCCUACCACCUCACACACACCAGCCCACUCUUCAGUCCCACACUCCCACUCUCUACCUCAUUCUCUGUCUGAUGCAGCGAGGCCUGUCAACGGGGUGUCAUCCAGAACUUCUCCAAAAGCACAGAGACCCUUACAAUCCAACAGAACAACCCGCAUCUCCAAUACGCACUCACAAACCUCUACCACUUCUCGUUCCCCAAAAUCUGACAUUCCAGCUCAGGAUUCCACCCUCUCCAGCACCCCAUAUGUGAACACUACAUCUGUCUCCAUGUCAAAACCAAAGUCUUCUGGCCCUGCCCCUUUGUUUCCUGUGGAUGUGAAUGAAAUCCUCAGCUCAGCUGGUAAAGAUAAAACAGUGGAGACUCCAUCAAGCCCAGAGGAGGCCGUGAGUAGCAAAGCUCCCUCUGUCCAGCAACGAUCUCAAAUUGAAGAGCUAAAGAAAUUUGGAAAAGAAUUCAGACUCCAGUCCAGUGCUGGCAGUCCCAGUUCUCCCAGCUCAACAAUGGCAGCCACACCAGAGUCACCCAGUAUCAUGCAGACCAGUGCAGCAAAACCAUCUACCACAAAAGUACCAAGUCCAGUCCCCGAGACCAAACCGAACUCUGUCCAGAGUCCCUCCACCCUCUCUCAAGUCCCAGCGUCACCUGCGGAAGAGCCUAAGAAAGAGAAAGAGAGCCCGCCUGCUAGCAAUCCUCCUGCUUCAGAUAGACAGUCACCAUCCACACCCCAGCCUGCCAGGACGCCUAACACGCAGGACCCCAAACAGGAGACAAGAGUGGAGGGGGUGACAGAGCAAGUGAAGAAAUCCACUUUGAACCCCAACGCCAAAGAGUUCAACCCCAACAAACCCCCUCUGGCCAUGUCCAAGCCCACGUCUGCCCCUACGCCCCCCCGGCCAACACCCCUGAGCUCCUCUAUGGUCCUGCAACCAGGACAGGGUCCCAUCUACACCCCUCCUUACCUGAGCUACGUCUCACAGAUACAUCCCGUACGGGCCCCUCAGAUAUAUCAGUAUACUAUGUCAACAGUGAGUCAGGGGAAAUAUCCCAGAGCUCCCAAAGGUUCAGUGGUGGGUCCUCGGUCAGACCACGGUUCAUCAGCUCCACCCAUGCUACAGGCGGCGGCCUCAGCAGCAGGAGCCUCACUCGUGGCCUCCCCCUUCCCUCAGUCGUACCUUCAGUACAACCCCCAGCAGUACAGCCAGCAUCAGGUCAUCCAGACCAUGAGUCCCUAUGGACAGCCAAUGCACCCUGUGUUGCAGGGUGGGCCACGCAUGGUGAGUCAAGGAGGAGCUCAUCCUCAGGCACUUGGUUCCCCUGCUGGUCCCCAGUUUCCUGCACAGACUGACGGCCCCCAGGGUCCACAGCAAGGACUGUACGCUCAAUCAUUCUCUCACCACUCAGGGACUGUUCAUCCUCCUCAGCCCUCCGGCACACCCACAGGCAGCCAACCUGCCCCACAACACGCAGCCCCCAGCCCUGGACAGCCGGCACAGUCCGGCCCUCAGCCGCAAUCUCUGUACCACUCUGGCUCUCUGUCAGCGCCUACACCACCGAACCUGCCCCCUGGACAUAGCUCUCCACAGGCCUCCUACCCCCUGCAGGGCUAUAGCAUACAUGGCCAUCAGGGCAUCCCACAUACAUACCCCACCCUGAGCCAGCUUGCACAGGCUCAUGUUCCUGGGCCGAUGUCAGGCCCCCAUCACUCCGGGACCCACGGGCCCCCACAGGUGGUGAUGCUGCAUGCUCCACCCCCCCAGGCUGGCCCUGGAUCUGGCCCUCAGCACCCCCAGCAUGGCCCACAGCAAGGCCCUCCACAACAUUUUGCUUACAUUGGACACCCACAGGCUGUGCAGGUGCAGGGACACCCACCACAACAAAUUACAUUCCAUCCUCCCGGAAACUGA